AUGCAAUCAUUACCACUAGAGAUUAUUCAAAUCAUAUUUACGCCAUUAUCAAUAUUUGACCAUAUCACCUUAUGGAACACCAGCAGCAAGUUUCGAAAAGCACUCAAUACUAGAAAGUAUUGGAGUACACUUGAUAUCACACAUAUAUUGUCUAAAAAGGAUGGAAAGCAGUUCAUUGAUAGAUUUAUGUUUUAUCUGUUGCCAUCACUUGGCCGUCACGUUCAAAAUAUCAUUGCAACCAGAGCUGCUAGACAAUUCACUGAUACCCAUCUUGAUCAAGUGUCCCGUUAUAUUCCCCAGCUGUCAUCGCUUCAACUGGGCGGAACAAGCAUCACUCAGCAAGGAAUGAUAAUGUUUAUACAAACUACAAGAUCAUUCAAGACCCUCGCCUACAUCGACAUCUCCAAUACUCCUGCAGUAACAGAUCCAGUUAUAUCCACACUUGCAUCAUCCCUGUUUGACAGCCUUAAAACCCUCGAUAUAUCUCAUUUUCGUCAAUCCAAUAUUUCUUCAAAGGGUGCAUCAAAACUCUAUACCAACACUUCCAUCUGCGCAUCUCUCCACAUACUCAAGCUCUGCGGAUGUACAAAACUAGACGAUCAGGCGUUGAUGGUACUGGGCAAAAAUUGUAAAGGAUUGGCCGGGUUGGACUGCUCUGGAGCGUUUCUAAUUGGCGAUGUGGGUGUGAGAGCCGUGCUUCGUGGGUGCAUGUUUCUCAAGGAUGUAGGAUUUGCGUUUUGUUGGCGCAUCACCGAUCAGGCAUUUGCUGAGGCUGGUGAGGCGAUUGUGGCAGAUAUAGAUAAUGGCUUUGUAGAUGUUGUUGGCCAGUAUCUAGAAAACAUACAGUUACAGUACUGCUAUAUGUUGUCGGAUCGAGCUGUUGGGUAUUUGAGCAGGCUACCAAGUCUAAAAAAGGUGAACCUGACCAAAUGCAGCAGUGUUACUAGCUUUGCAAUCGAACGACUUGGCUCCAGAGCAAUUGUUGCAGAAUGA